CGUGCCAAAUGAAACUGACCCAUAUUGCACCGUACCUUGACAUCUUUCCAUUAUUUUCGGAUAGACAACACUUGCUAUUUAAUAAUACAUUACCCAUUAUGGGUGAGAAGAGUGAUCCCGGAAAAUUUGGCCGCCGGGGCUUCACGGCGGCGGAGAUGGAAUCACUCGCCGCCGUUUGCGACACCAUCUUGCCUCCUCUGUCGCCGGAAGAUUCCGCCGGCGGCGGCGAAGAUGAUCAUCCCAACAAAGAGGCUCUCCGGUCUUUCUGCUCAGCUUCUGCUUCUCAGCCUCUUUUUCUUCAUCAGACCGUUGAGCUGAUGCUCAAAAGAGGGUUCAUAGAAGCAGUGCUUGUGGUGAGACUGGUUUUACUUCUACUGUCUUCAAGGUUUGGAACUCUGCUCCUCUGCGGGACCCACUGUUUGGUCCCGAACUGGCCUUUUGUCGAAAGAUUCGGAAGCCUCUCGCUGGAGAAGAGGGAAAGGGUUCUUCAGAAAUGGUUCAGAAACCGGCUUUUGUUUCCCAUCAGAGUCGCCUUCAUCUUCAUAAAAGUCAUUUUCCUCUUCUGUUUCUUCUCUUGGAUCGGUCCGAAUGGGGAUAACCCAGCAUGGGAAGCUAUACAGUAUCAGGUGAAAGCCGAGGAUAAUGAAUCCUCUUACGUUCCGAAAGAACGACCUCUCGAGAAGGGAAUGGUGGACACUAUGAAAGAGACGGACUCAACUCUUCCCGAAACGAUCAGACAGAAAGAGCUCGGAGUAACAUUUGGUUCGAAACAUGACACAAUCGAGAUCAAAUGCGACGCUGUAAUCAUUGGUUCUGGUUCAGGUGGAGGAGUGGCGGCUGCUGUUCUAGCAAAUGCCGGACUGAAAGUUGUUGUUCUCGAGAAAGGAAGCUACUUUGUGUCAUCUGAAUACAGUCCUUUCGAGGGACCGGGACUGAGUGAAUUGUAUGAAUCAGGAGGGAUCCUUCCGACUGUUGAUGGAAAUCUCAUGAUCUUAGCAGGAGCUACUGUAGGUGGUGGCUCAGUUGUGAACUACUCGGCAAGCAUCAAAACCCCCGAAUCCGUGCUGCGAGAAUGGGCCGAAGAUCACAAGAUCCCGCUUUUCGGGACUCAAGAAUAUGUCUCGGCCAUGGAUGUUGUCUGGAAAAGGAUCAGUGUCACUGAGAAAUGCAGACAAGAGAGUUUUCAGAAUCAAGUUCUGAGGAAAGGAUGUCUGAAUCUCGGGCUGAAAGUGGAGAAUGUGCCACGAAACUCCUCAGAGAAUCAUUGUUGUGGAUCGUGUUGCUAUGGCUGCAGACAAGGGGAUAAGCAAGGAAGCGACCGGACAUGGUUGUUAGAUGCGGUGAAUCAUGGGGCUAUUAUCUUAACGGGAUGUAAAGCCGAGAGAUUAAUACUAGAAAAGAACAUGAACAGAGGUGUCGGUGCUAAGAAAAUGAAAUGUUCGGGAGUGAUGGCGAAUUCUUUAAACGGGAACAUAUCAAAGAAGUUGCAUAUUGAAGCCAAAGUAACAGUUGUGGCAUGUGGGGCUAUUUCAACCCCUCCAUUGAUGAUCAAAAGUGGUCUAAAGAACCGGAACAUAGGCCGGAACCUUCAUCUGCAUCCUGUUCUAAUGGCUUGGGGGUACUUUCCUGAAAAGGAAACCUCUGAUCUUAAAGGAAGUAUCUAUGAGGGCGAGAUACUUACCUCGAUCAAUAAGGUCGUAUCAUAUCAAGAUUCCGAAGUUAGAGCCAUUAUAGAAACACCGGCUCUUGGACCAUCCUCCUUCGCUGCAGUAUGUCCAUGGAUCUCGGGUCUUGACAUGAAGAACAGAAUGAUAAAGUAUUCAAGAACCGCACAUCUGUUAACGAUAGUGAGGGAUCGCGGAUCUGGAGAGAUCAAGACAGAGGGAAGAGUAAAAUACGUUGUGGACAAAACCGACAAAGAGAACAUCGUUGCGGGACUGAGACAGUCACUGAGGAUACUGAUAUCGGCAAGAGCAGUGGAAGUAGGCACUCAUCGAAGCGACGGGCAAAGAUUCAAAUGUAAAGGGAUGGACGAGAAAGCAAUCGAGGAGUUCUUGGACACGGUUACCGCAGAGGACGGGGCGAGUUCUUUGACCGAGAAAUGGGCAGUUUAUGGAUCAGCGCAUCAGAUGGGAAGUUGCAGGAUUGGAGAAAAUGAAGAAGAAGGAGCUCUUGAUCCAAACGGAGAGAGCUGGGAAGCCGAAGGACUGUUUGUGUGUGAUGGAAGUGUUUUACCAAGCGCCAUUGGAGUAAAUCCAAUGAUCACAAUCAUGGCCACAUCUUAUGGCAUUUCCACAGGGAUUGCAAGGAGAAAGUCCUAGAUUUCUUGAUCAGAAACUCAUCAUAUCUGAACAAAUGAGUUUUGUAUUUCGGAUUUCUAUCGUCGUAAUUCAGAUUCUUAUGGAA